ACCCAGCGAGCUGUCAAACCGCCUCCGACAGGCACCCGGCUCGAACGCUUCCACAUAUCGCACAAGCUCGAGACGUACUGUUAUUGACGGCUAGUGACAGUGUAUGUUUUGUUAGUAGUCGCAUGACGGACGAUACUAAAAGGAGAUGAACGGCAGUACUACGACGGUGAAUGGGAACGCCGUCAACGGUACUAACGGAGCCCUGAAUGGGAUAGGAUCGGCUCCGCGUACCGCAACCCUCGGGACACCUAACAGCUAUGCAUACACAUCCAGCGGUUCGUUGCUCGGGCGAGGUGGGUCAGCUAGGCCGGUGCCACCGCCCACAUUGCCGAAAUACAGUGGAUCGUUCAAUGCAGGAAGUUCUCUCACUGGAACUGGUCUACGAGAACGCGAUAGGGAAGGAACAGGUGGAUCUCACCGGCUGGCUAGCCUUGAGAGAUUGGCGCUCCGCCAGCGUAUUAUAGAACAAAGUGCUAACAAUCAGGUGGCCAGCUUAGCAUCUAACAACAUCGGGACCAACGGUGGACCUACCACUGCUACCGUCACCCUCACCGAUACAGCAACGUUACAGAGUAAGCGUGAGCUGUUCUUCAAAUCGGAUACGGUGAGCGGCGGCGGGGUGAGCGCUACAGGGUUGUCGACUGCAGCGCCACCCGCUCCGCCGCUGGGUUCCUCAGCCCUCAAGGAAGCGCUCGCGAAGAGAUCCGCAACCCUGCCAGAUCCGCCAGAGAACAGUCAUCAUGAGGCUAACGGUACAGCCCCGGCUUCAAAACUCAGCAAUAGCGUGUCCGUGGAUACCGGCAAGAUAAAUGCGAUGCCACCACAGAUGCCAGCACCACCCGUGCCUACCACCGCCCCACCACCAGUCUCCGCACCACUACGGAGUACGGAGAAUAUUAUGAAGAAAUCUGACCACCCACCGGUCGCUCCAAAACCAGAUCUACCUAAGAUAGAGAAACCAAAGACAAAAGAAUUAGAUGGAUAUGUGGGGUUUGCGAAUUUACCCAACCAAGUCUAUAGAAAAGCUGUGAAAAAGGGUUUCGAAUUCACGUUAAUGGUUGUAGGCGAGACGGGAUUGGGCAAAUCAACGCUUAUCAACUCAUUAUUCCUAACGGAAGUUUACGACAAGGACAAGCAUCCGGGUCCAUCGCUACGAGUCAAGAAGACUGUCGGCGUCGAGACCAGUGUGGUCCUGUUGAAGGAGAACGGGGUCAACCUGACCCUUACCAUCGUCGACACACCCGGCUUCGGAGACGCGGUCGACAACAGUAAUUGCUGGCAACCAAUAAUCGAUUUUGUUGAAUCGAAGUACGAAGAGUUUCUGAACGCGGAAUCCCGUGUUACCCGAAAGGCUGCCCCGGCUGACACGCGAGUGCAUUGCUGCCUUUACUUCAUAGCUCCCAGCGGACACGGCCUCAAGCCGCUGGACGUAGAGUUCAUGCAACGGCUCGGGGAUAAAGUCAACAUCAUACCAGUCAUCGCCAAAGCUGAUACUAUGACACCUGAAGAGUGCAAGGACUUCAAAGAACAGAUAUUAAAGGAGAUAGCGCAGCACAAGAUAAAGAUAUACGAGUUCCCGGAGAGCACGGGCGAGGAGAGCGAGGGGGCGGACACCAACCGCGCGCUGCGAGCACGGGUGCCCUUCGCGGUGGUGGGGGCUAACACUGUCAUAGAACAGGACGGACGGCGAAAGGGCCGGAAGUACCCCUGGGGUAUAGCAGAAGUGGAGAAUUUGGAGCAUUGUGAUUUCCUGGCGCUCCGCAAUAUGGUGAUUCGUACACAUCUGCAAGACCUCAAAGACGUCACCAGCUCAGUCCACUACGAGAACUACCGAUGCCGCAAACUGGCCGGUCUAACACACGACGGCCAGCCUCACGGUCUCAACUCCAACAAGAAUCCAUUAGCUCAGAUGGAAGAAGAGAAAAGAGAGCAUGAUCUCAAAAUGAAGAAGAUGGAAUGUGAAAUGGAACAGGUGUUCGAUCAAAAGGCCCGCGAGAAGCACGCCAAGUUGAAGGAGUCCGAGGCGGAACUGGCUCGGCGGCACGAGGCCACGCGGCCGCUCGAAGCCCAGGCCCGGGACCUGGAGGAGAGACAGCGCGCGCUGAGGGCCGAGCAGGCCGCCUGGGAGAGAGACACCGGACUCUCGCUCGAUGAUCUACGUAGGAGGUCGCUUGAGGCCAACAGCAAGGAGACGGUCGAUGGGAAGGAUAAGAAAGACAAGAAAAAGAAAGAUUGGUCAUUUAAAAAUGUCACAUCCGGGAUAUCAAUAUAGAGUAAGUUGAAGAUUUCUGACGUAAUACCAGUAUUGUAUUGUAUAACUAUUGACACAACGAUUUUGAAAGACUAACAAUGAGUAAAAAAUUAUAAGGAAAUAUUUGACUAUGAGUGUAACGAUAUUGUGUUAUUUAAAUUUAUCAUUAAGUAAUUUUUCCAUGACAAAGCAUUUAUUUUGAUAAGUUUGGCCUAAUUUUGGACUGUUUCAGGCGUAUUUGACAAAAAAAAAUGCUUUUUUUAUCAAUGUUUCUACAAUGGUUUUGGAUUUUAGAAUUUUUAUAUGCUAAUUGUGAAGCACAAUUUUCUUACAGCUUGAGACUUGUUGCGUCCACGAUGUUGCCAAAGUAGCUUGUAAUAACAGCUUCGAUCGACAGUUUUAUUGAUCAUUCAUAUAAAAUGCUAUAGCUGACAUUAAAAUUUAACGCGAAGUUAUUCCAGCUCAAAUCUGUGUGAAAUUAUUAAUUAUAGGCACUAUUCAUGAUUAUUGUAGAAUUUUUUCUAUGCAUGAGAACGAUUAUAUCUUGAAGUUUUAAUAGAUUUAACGAGCUGUAGUUGUGCGAGACAUAGACGAGAUACAUUUUAAAAGUUGUUUAGACAUUUUUUACCCUUUAAAAAUACGGUGUUUCGAGUUCAGCUUAUCUGUGGAUAUCUGGGCGUAAGGCUUCAUAUACAUGUAUAUGAGGCUUAGUGAUAUUAAUAUGCUCAUAGUGUGAGUUAGGCCUUAGCUCUAGCUAGGUGUUAGUUACUUCUUAAUAUCUAAGGGUAUGAUGAUUGGACAUGAGGUUCGCCGAUAUCAAGUAACGCUGGCUUUUUAUAGUAGUAUGUUAAAUGAAAUAAUCCUAUCCUGUUAUAAAUGCAUAACUUUAUUACGUUAUAUUAAGUAUCAGAUAGUUUCCUACGUAAUGUAGUUCCCUGUAAAUAUUUUGGUUAGUCGUCGACGCCGUUCUGUAUGCACGUCACUAUUAUAAUGACUACCCCCCUUAAUUUAUGACAAAUGCAUAAUCUUUAUUUAAUCGAAAUGCCAUGAAUAUUUUUUUUUUGUAUUAUUUCCUAACACAGUAUUGACUUCCGUGUUAUGUUAGAUGUAGGUAUAAGUACUUGCUUAAUUUUUGUAUUUUGUGUAGGGUCUGUACCCACUACCAAUUGAUUAUUUGCUUAGUCACUACGGAGGAUGUGUGGAGGGCAAAGUUGAAACGAUGUAAUAUAUUGUACCUUUGAAUAAAUAUAAAUAAAUACGUAAUAUAUAGGAA